UAUGAACACCACCCCUCGAGGACAACGCCAUGUCACCNCCCAAAUAGCAACAAACAGUCCUUUCGCUCGAACCAACGCCAUCUCUGCCUCGACCGGGCCUCGUUCACCAAUCAAGCCCAACACUCGCGACCGUCAAGAGCUGGGUCUGAGUCUGAAACGCGUCAUUGGCACCACAUGUCAGACUGUCUUCUGCUUCGACCAUCUGCCUGACACAAAAAGUUUCGCCUAUACCGCAGGCGCCGCCGCAGUUGUCGCCUCUGUCCAUCCUGAUGGGUCCAUAUCACAACGUUUCUUUAGAGCCAACCCAGCAAAUACUCCGAAUAGGUCCAACCUUGCACCUGCCAUAUCUGCCUCACCCGCCGACUCAAGGCUUCGCUCUCCGCUGCCGCCAACAGACCGCACUGAAUGGAACGAUUCUCCCGCAGGAAGUAAGAGUAGUGCUGUGCGCGAACGUGUAAAGGCUGCCACUGCAGUAAGCUUCAGUCCGAAUGGACGCUUCCUUGCUGUGGGUGAGACUGGCUACAAACCUCGGGUUCUGGUUUUCUCGCUCGCUGACAGGUCGUUCGCCGACUCGCCUGUGUCUUCUAUAUCCGAACAUACUUUUGGCGUCCAAUCCGUGAGUUUUGGCCCUGACUCAAAGUACCUUGCGUCCCUUGGCACCGUGAAUGAUGGCUUCUUGUACAUUUGGAGUAUCGACGAANAAGGAGGCACACCUACUUUAGUUGCUAGCAACAAAUGUACCACAAGCGUGCGACACAUGGCGUGGAUGGGCUGUAGCCUGGUAACGGUAGGACUACGUUUCAUCAAGGUAUGGAGGCCAAAUGACCUUCCAGCUAGCGUCAAUGAGAACUCGGAACGAGGCUAUGGUCUAUAUAACCGCCAACACAAGCCGCUGGCUGGCCGAAACACCCUGCUAGGUGAUCUGCUCGACGCAACUUUCACAUGUGUAGCAUCCUUCUCCGAGACAAAGGCCAUUGUCUGCACUGAUGGUGGAGACGUUUGUAUUCUCGACGAUGAGGAUAAAGCUCAGAGACUCAUCAGGGUCACCAAUGUCGAUUUCAGCAUCACAGCUGCAUGCCUCGGGCCUGAUAAUAACAUCAUCAUUACCGGGCUGGAUGGUAGCAUUGAGGUUCUUGAUCUCGACGAGCUCACGAGAACCUUCGUCUCACCGAACACUCCACCGGGGUCUAAAGCAUCUGCAAAGCCUUCGGCCUCGGGCUACGUUGCAGUUGGGUGCAUCGAGGACUCCAUAGUGACCGUAGACAACAGUCAUGGCAUCCAACUACGACAUGUCUCGCCAAAAUCUCGCGACGACAAUCCUGGCCAUGCAGUACUACAAAAGCUCCCAGCACAUUCAGAUGCAGUCCUUGGAGUCCGUGCUGUUGCAACGCCGAACGAGCAGGGUAUUGCAUUCAUCAGCUGGUCCGCAAACGGCACUGUUAUCUUCUGGUCGUCCGAAUGCGAGGCCAAGGCAAUGAUAUUGGUAUCGAUGGACCAGUAUGUCGAUAUGUAUAAUGUUGUAAAUGAGCUCAAGACGGUUGUGGCAUUCUCGAAUGUCUCUCACGCAGUAUCUGGAGACAAAUACGGCGUGCUGAGAGCCCACGCAGGAGAAAUCACCGACAUUGCAAUUCAUGAAGACGCAACAUACACGCUCAUAGCUUCAAGCAGCCGAGACCGUACAAUUCAAUUGUUAACAUGGAGCUCAGGGCGCCUCGAACUUCUGCAAACGCUCGAUGAACACGCAGGCUCAGUGACUUGUGUUCUAUUCGCUAAGAAAGGCGAGCAGCUACUGUCAUGCUCAGCCGAUAGAUCCAUAGUGGUUCGAGAGGCCGCAAGACAACAAGGAUCUGACCUACCCCUGUUCAUCAUCACCAGGACAAUCACACUCAAGAGCUCACCAACCUGCCUAAGGAUGUCUUUGUUUGCUGAUACUCUUCUUGUCUCUGCAACCGAUCGGACGAUCCAACUCGUUAGCACGCAAACUGGUCGCGUCAUCUCCUGCUUCAAGGCCGGCGAUACGGACGGUGGGGAUGCCGUUAUCAUGUCAAGUCUGGUUCAUCUACCAUCCACAGCAGGAUCACCGAUAAUUGCAGGUGUAGCAGGCAGUGACAAAUCUGUGCGCAUGUAUUCAGAGGACGGUACCCUGCUCGCACGAGACUGGGGCCACACAGAAGGCGUUACUGAUAUCGCACUGCUAAAGUCACAUGCAGCACCAGACGACCUAGCAGCGAUGAAACUCGUAACGGUCGCUGCGGACGGCACGAUAUUCAUAUGGGCGACUGUACCUGAAAGACCCCGAUCAAGAGAGUCUUCAGACACAGCCCCAUCAUUCGCAAGCACUGCUCCCGGCAUCGUCUCUGCAGAACAGCCCCUGCGAAAAGUAAUCUCUCACAGUGAGCUUGCCAGGUUUCAACGAGCCAGGUCCAGUGAAACAGAAAACCCAGACGCAACAGGUGCAACAACGAGCACAGUACUGAAANAGAAACCUAGCAGGUUGAGCAUCCGCCCACCGCCACCACCGCUAAGGUUAGAGCCUUCGCCAUUGGGGACUAUGCGCAAUGGUCUAACGGUCAGGAACAGACAACGGAGUCCGAGUCCCACGCCGCCUAGUCCCAGCCCAAGAUUGCCGCCUAGUCCACGGACACAUCCAAGGAGUGCACCAGGAAGACAUCGCCUUUCUGUGGGUGCUGUGCCACCAACGCUUGCCACCACGUCAGCAGAAAAGGCGAGUAGAGAUAGCAAGGCAGAGGCCAGUGCGACGGGCUUUGGAAGCAUUGCGGCAUCGACAGAACAGCUUUCGCGAAUGUUACGUGCAUACAGACAGAAACUCGACGGCAACUGCACUGGCUUGACAGGAGACAAGCUCAAAGAAUUGCAANAAGAGCUAGAAAAGACGGCUCAGGUGGUGCAGCAGAAAUUGGCAGACCACAAAGAUGCAAGAGGAUCGCAAGACACGAGUAGUGCUGCAGAGGAUAGUGGAACGUCCAGGACAGCAUCGUCUUCACAAGACGCAUCAUUCAUGUCUGCACAGACGCAGUUAGACGAAGAGACGGUUAGUGGUGCUGAGCCUACAGCAUCU